AUCAAUUCCUACGUAAAAUGAUGACGUCUCAUCAUUUGUGUCCAUCGGGGGGUCAAACGACCCGUUUCAAGUGACUGUAACUCGCUUCCCUCGCGCUCGUGGCGAAAUGCCUCCGCAGAACGUUCAAUCGAAGGGUUUGGAUGUGACCGCCUGGACAAGCACAACGUCCGAACAGGUGGAAGAGGUCCGAGGAAAACUCAACCUCAAAGAACGCGACGCCAAAGCAUUUUAUGAAAGUUCUGAAGAAAAGAAGAUUGAAUUUGAACAACUGAUCGCGAAACUUCGAGCCGAAAACAAAUUAAAGCGUAUUACCUUGGCAAAAAGCAUCAAUGGCGACAAGAAGGUCAUACGCUCAGUAUUCCAGAACAGACGGAAAGAACUUCUGUCUAUGCAAAGAUAUACCGUUGCAGAAGCCGUAUGUACGAUGGACCAAAAGGUGUGCGAGGCGAGCAAACGAUUGAACGAUCUGCAGUACCAACGCAACCAGCGCGAGAAACGCCUAUGCGAGUUACGAGUCACAGCGAAACAAAUAAAGACAAUCUGUCACACCGACUACAACGUGGACAGGGAGGGGGAGAUCCGCCGAUUACAAAAUGAGAUGGACAAGGCACGAAUCAAGUACGAAGCGGCCCGCAACAUUUCACGGCGAUAUGAAGAGAUCAUGAUGCACAUGCAAGAGGAAGUACGGAAUUACCCUGCCCGUCUGGACCUUCUAGAGCAAAUCGUAGGGGACGCGAGUUCCGAACUCGGGGUAUUACACCAGAUGAACGAAAAGGCCAUUAAAGCGAGCGAGGAGUCCAGGAAGGACCUCCACGUUAUGGAACGCGAGAUGUACCAGGCUAAGCGGGCACGGGAUAUGCAGUUGAAUGAAACGAGAAAAGAAGUAGAGAAGAGGAAAGAAACGGUUGAACGAGGCGAGAAACGAGCUAAAGUUAAUCUGAUUGCCGAUACGACAGACACAAAGGCAGCGCGCCUGCAACAAGAGAAGGCUGAGCGCCAGGAGAGGAUUCUGGAGCUGGAAAUAGGCUUCGAAAAGAUCAAAAGUGCUAUCAAUGUGUCCGACAUCGACGUAAGUAAACAACUAUACAAAAUAAGUGAUGUCAAUGGGUACGACAUCGGCGUAAGUAAACAACGAUACAAAAUAAGUGAUGUCAAUGGGUCCGACAUCGACGUAAGUAAACAACGAUACAAAAUAAGUGCUGUCAAUGGGUCUGACCUCAACGUAAGUAAACAACGAUACAAAAUAAGUGAUGUCAAUGGGUUCGACAUCUACGUAAGUAAACAACGAUACAAAAUAAGUGCUGUCAAUGGGUCUGACCUCAACGUAAGUAAACAACGAUACAAAAUAAGUGAUGUCAAUGGGUCCGACAUCGACGUAAGGAAACAACGAUACAAAAUAAGUGAUGUCAAUGUGUCCGACAUCGACGUAAAAUCUCUACAUGAACAAGAUCAACUCACCACACUUUUCGACGACAUAAAGUUCACCAGCCAGCGACAACUCGCAAAAGCCAGACAGAUUAUAAACGACCUUCAAGACAGACUGGAGGAAAAAGAGAAAGCUCUCGAUAACACCAACGAGGACCUUAAGGUCAGCGACGCCUUGCUGCUGGACAUCCAAUCCGGCAUUGCAACGUUGAACGAGAAACUGAAGGAUGUCAAGCUCAAGCCACCGUUCCACAACUACAUAACGGGCGACCCUGCCAAGGACCUCGUCAACUGUGCCCGGAAGUUAGACGAGCUACAGACUAAUCUCGGGUUCCAGGGCGGAGAGGGAACAACGCCCCGUGUAGACCAAAACAAGCUUCACGAAUACCUAGAGAGCCGUUUGCCACCGUCUAACAUCCGGAUAAAAGUCGAUGUGGAUGACGGAAGUGAUGAGGACGACUUCCAUUUCGACCACGACCAGGAAAACGAGGGUCUGUUGUCGCGGGAGGACGUCAAGCGGUUAGGGCAAGAAAUGCUCAACUCCAAACUCAAACCAAAGAAGAAACGAUCUAAAAAACGCGCGAACUAGUGCACCAGCAGACGUCAUCAGGGGAGGGUUGUGAUGGUUAUGUUGUAUUUGGAAACCUCUGAUUUUUAUCUAUCAAAUUUCGGCCCU